AUGUCAUCAGUGAGAUCAGCGGAUAGUCGCAACAGCAAACUUUCAAGUCCGGCCUGCACGAACUGCAAGCGGUCGAAGCAGCGAUGCAAUAUCGAGCAUGGCGGAAGCUGCACGAACUGCGCGCCAAAGGGCGAGAUCUGCGAUGUGCGGGUUGCAAAUGAUGGACGGCGCAGGAGGGGCCGUGCGAACCGCAAGGUCAAUUUGCAGGCUCGCGUGACGGCGCUGGAGGAGUUGUUGCUGCUGAAUAGCGAGAAGUUGAGUUACAGUGGGAUGGUAAUGUCGGAGCAGCAGGCGGAGACGGCUAGUGAUGCUACUGUCAUGGAUGGGAUGAUUGCCCAAGAACCCUGGCCGUAUGAUCAUGGCGAAUGCAAGACGUAUUUCGAUAACAGUAUCUGGCAUUUCGAUCAUUCUCAAUCUUUGCAGUCAUGCACUGCAGAAGAUACACCAACACUAGAUCUUCCCGAAGAUCUAGAUCCGCGAAAUGAACCAGAUCCCAUCGUGGCGCAUCUUGUCGAUAUAUUCUGGACAUGGCAGGCAGCUCACGUACAAGUCAUUCAUCGAAACAUGUUUCUCAUUGAUAAGAAAGCCUUCUUCGAGUCUGAACCACCAUGCAAACGAGACUUUUUCUCUCCAUCACUUCUAUACGCUAUGAUGGCGCUGGCGUCGAUGACAGGGGAUGUCUUCUUCGACAAGGCAAAGAGGCUUUUCGAUGCGCAGAUGGGGGUUCCAUCCGUGGCAACGGUGCAGACGGCGAUGCUGCUUGGGUCCAGAUAUGGGACGCUGGGGGAGAUGUCGCUGGGGUGGACGUAUAGUGGAAUUGCUGCUCGGACGGCCCUGGAGAUUGGGCUGCAUCUCAACUGCGAAAAGGCAGUUGCAGCAAAUCGUCUUCCUUCACAGGUGGCUCAAGCACGAACGGCUGUAUUCUGCGGGAUUUACACGCAGGACAAACUGUGGGCUGUAUACGCAGGCCGACCAUCGAUAAUAUCUGAUCCUGACAUCACAGCCAAAUGGGCAGAGAGACCAACAGAUAUGUUAACGACAGUGCACUGGAAUGCUCUUUUGCUUGCCAUGCAUAUCUUCAGGAUAUUAGGUGAAUUGUACUCUCAUAAGCGAGCAGGUGAUGUAUUCAGAUUAAAGAGUGCCGCGAAUGACAUCCACCGCAAUCUGGUCAAAUGGUAUCAGGAUCUGGAUGAUGAAUUGUCCUGGCCGAAUAGUACUAGCACGCCUGCCUCGCCUCAUAUUCUCAUCAUGCAUAUGACAUUCUACUUUACCAUUAUCCUCCUGCACCGUCCCUUCAUCGACCAUCGACACGCAGUAACCUCCAUAUCCAAUCUCGAUGAAGCGUCGCACAACGCCAACACCAUCUGCGCCCUGGCCGCAACCAACAUCGCAAAGCUCACACGCGACUACUCCCUCUUCUACGACUGGCGGCAAUCGCCCAGUCCAGCUGUUCAUUUUGUCUCCACAGCUGCAGUCAUCCUUCUCGUAAAUAUCCACCUCACUGGUGACGAAGAUUGCCUCUUCCUCUUCCAGGGCUGUCUAUCCGGGCUCGGAGAUAUGCGAGAGUCACAUCCGCAAGCUACCAAGGCAAUUGGAAUGUUAAACAAUCUACUCGUUCAGUUCCAAGGGAAGCAUAGUCUGGUACCGCAGGAGAAUGCGUGUCCCUCGAUAGAUGUGCUGGAUGUGUUUGACUGGUCACGGUAUGGUUCUCCCAUCGUCUUUCCGAAUGGGCUGGAGGAAUUCAACUGGGAUAACCACACGGAUGACUUGGAUUUGAAUUUGGAUCUAGGGUUUGCAAAUCAUGUCAAUAUGAACCCAUUGCAUGUGAUCAAUCCAAUUGCGGGGGUCUUCAUGGAUGGGAAUGGAGUUUAG